AGCUGACAUCACAAAAAAAAUGAAAAGAAAAUGGCUGAAAGAGAAAGAUUUCACUGAUCUCUGUGUAAUUUUUAAGAUUUCUUUUUCAUCAAUCAUCUAUUUGUAAUGUUAUUUACCAAGAAUUCAAUCUACUAUUUCCGGCUAGUUAGCUCUUUUAAAUAUGGCUGUACCAGGAAACAGCGUUGCCAAUAGUACUGUUCUGUUUCGUGAAGUUCACAAGAAUGCCUGGCUCAGAAGACUCCCGACAGAUGAAAAGAAGAUUGGCGCUCAUUCUAAGAAAGGAGAGCGUGUGUGGUGCGUAUUCUGUGUGCAUGACGACGUGGAACCAUUCAUUGAGAUCUAUGGCGACCAGAAGAUGGCGGCGGCACACAAGCCUGACUGGUGCGCCUCUCUGGCGCGCGCACUGCACGUGUCACCCACCAUCUGCCCACAAGACCAACAGUUCGAGUUUGUCGUCACGCUGCCUGACACUGCGCUGCGUCUCUCUGCACCAUCAUGGGAGGUGAUGAUGGAAUGGGUGGACAGCAUAGGCUGCAAGCUGCGUGAGAUGCACGUGCUGUCGCCCAAGGAGAACGUCUACAGCCGGCAACCCGAGACGAGGGCCCCUCUGACCCCCCUGCUCCCCACCCGCGACCCCAACUCCCCCCUGCCCCUCCCGCCUAGUGUGCCCCCUAUGCUGGUGCCAGGCGUCGAGGCGCUCUCUCUCACCACCACCACCACCACCACCACCACGACAACCUCUCUCACUUCCACCCUCUACAUAUCGAACUCUCAGUCCGAUCCUGACUCACCGCUCACCCCCUCCUCGCAAAACAUCACCGUCAUCGAAGUCAGUGCCAACCCCAUCGACUAUGAGCCGUCGACUGCCGAAACUAGUUCGGGCCUUAUCACUAGUGCGCACACUCUAAUCAACCGUGAAGAUCAUGAUGAUGAUGAUGAUGAUGAUGAUACUGUUAACGACGAUGAUAGUUUAGAUGAAGAAAACAUUUUUGACGACGAUGUUGCUGCUGUAACAUGUCCCCCCUUGCCGCGGUUGCCCUCUCAGCUCAACAGAACUAAUCCUAGCUGUGAUAGAAGUAGAAAUAGUCAUAACAAUAGUAACAACAGUGCUCAGCUCACUAGUCAGCUGAUCGAAGUUGAAGCUGCGAGUGUUGCAACUACGAAUCAGUCUCAUCGCAGCUCUCGAACGACGAAUGCAAGUGCAAGUGACAUGGAAGCAACAGCAGCACCUGUGCCACCCGCCAGUCCUGCUCUCUACGAACACGUCUUCCUCUCUUCCAGUCGGCAACCGCCCACCACCUCUCCACCUCCUCCUACCAGUACUACUUCUGCUGCUGCUGCUGCUGCUACUCCUCCUCCUGUUGAUACUAAUAGUGCCUCCUCUUCCUCCCCGCCUCCACCACUGUCUGCGGAUCUCCGAUACUCUCAAGUGCAGCAAUUAUAUCAGAACGCAGUUUUCUGUGAGCGUGUGGUGCCUCCAGUGAAUGCAAUUCGACCAAGAUCUGGCUUGAGACCCAAUCGGAGAAGAAGUAGCGAUAGCUCUGUGCCAGCUGACCGCAUAAGGAGGCUGCAGGCCCCACCUCAUCCCUUCAGACAGCAGCCAAUGGCAGAGGCGGAGGGUGGCGUGACGCUUCGCGAGCGGCAGGUGACGCAGCUGCGGCGAGAGAUGGCGCAUCAGGGCGGAGUGAGGCUCCAGCUAAGAAGGAAGGACUGUCUCGGCUCCAUAGCGCUCGUCGAUGCAUUUGGAGCUGUAUGGAUAGCUGGAUGGAAACAGAAAGAGCACCCAAUGCUGUACAAUGCACUUCAUAUUGGUGAUAAAGUCAUCAGUGUAGCUGGUGUCAGAGUUCAAAACAGUUGUGAUGCUCACAAGCUAAUCAGAGGAGCUCCAAGUCUUUAUGUGGCGCUGGUGAUCAGACGGGUGCCGUGCGGCCGAGUGCUAGCGGUGCGGCGGGAGUGGGAGGGGCAGUGUGUAGGUGUGGUGCAGGAGGGGGGCACGGCCGAGAUUAAGGAGGUGGUGGCGGGGGGGCUGGCCGCUCAGGGGGGCUUGCCCCCGCGUGCCCCCACCCACGACGGCCUGUCACUGACCAGCUGGUCGCUCACUGAGAUCAACGGUCGGCCUCUCAACCUCUUCUUCAAGGACAAUGAGGUACGGGAUCGACUCAACGCCGUUGGCCUCGACAUCUCCUUCCUCGUGCAGCCCACUGACCUUGUCAAACAGAUACGGCGCCAGCUCAAGGCGCUCAGGGGAUACAAGGACUACAUUGUGCAGUAAGGCACAGUGGCACUUCACAUGUUUGGCCAUAUGGUUCGCACAGGCUUCUUCACUGUGCUGCACUUCGCACAUCUUCUCGAAUCUCCUCGUUUUGGCCUAUGCUUAUUCCCUUCCAACCGGAUAGCAGCAUCAAAAGGUUUAUUUUGUCGGCGUUCUACUAGUGAGAGUACAGCUGGCUUCGGCGGUGGUCUAUUCUGAGUGCCAGCUCCAAUCUUCUGCAUCAAUUUACUGGAUAGCAUUUCCAUAUAAACACUUCUCCCAAAAUCUUAGUUAGAAAAGUGCUUCAUGUCCAACUCUUUAUGCAUAAUGAAAGAAUUUAUCACGCAGCAAUCUAGGAAGUUGUAUUAAUAAUCUCGGCCACCACUUUUUACUUUUUCGGUCAAUAGAGUAGUCCCCUUUCAAUCGAUCAAAGUUGUCAUCAAAGUUCAUUUUUGAGUGGUUGUAAUCAGGGAGAAUUUUUGGACAAGGUACAGUAUUUUUUGUUCCAUCUUUCUCUUUUCUCUGCACAGACACUGUCUCAUUUUGUGUGUGAUAAUUGGACAUCAAAUUGACACACUUAGUGUCUUUACACUUGUAGACUGAAAUGCUAUGAUUACUGACAUUCAAAUCAAAUUCCCCUAUCUCUAGAAGUUUGUCUUCUGUUAGCUUUGGUAGAUUCUUCCUUGCUUGAUUCAGUGUCCCACAUGCUAAAAUAUAUUUUUCUUUCAAUCUCAAAAAUAAUGGGUAUGAAGUGAAGAAGUUGUCCAUCACAACAAUAUGGUAUUUACCAGCAAGACUUGCACAAAAAUCACUUUCAACACAUUCACCUAAUCCCACUUCUACAGAUUCCUUCAGUUUUCCUGUAUAUAUUUGAAAUUUGAGGUUGUAUCCUGUGCUGUCACACAUCAUCCAUAUCUUAUACCCUCGUUUGAUAGGUUUAUCACGCAUAUAUUGUUUCAUGAAACAUCUUCCUUUGAACUUCACCAUUGAGCAACACAUUGAUGAGGGUUAUAGCAGACUGCAAAUGUCUUUGACAAUUAAUACAUCUAUCAAUGGUCGAAUUUCAUAUAGUUUGUCAUAGUCUGGAUCCUCUCUUCUUGGCAUUAUCUCGUUGUCAUUGAUGUGUAGGUGUGACAGGAGCAGACUGAAACGUUUGACUGGCAUUAGGCAGGAAACAAAGUUGUCAUGCAGGUCAGGUUGAGUGCUCCAAUAGUCCCUAUAGCUAGGUCAUUUUUUUAUACCCAUGUAUAUGUAAGUUUAUACCCAGAAAUAUCGUUAUUUCAUCAAUGGUUUUGGGAGUUAUUGUUUUGUUUUGCCACCAUCAUCAUCAUUAUCAUCAUCAUCUUCAUUAUCUUCCAGAUCCAUGCUAGCACUUUUUGGGGGCCUUGCUGAUUGAAGUGCCUUCUGAGUCAUGUAGAGAUUUGUUUGAAAAACCAGAUGUUCAAUAAGUUCAUCAGGGAAAAGUUGAUUGAAUAAUUUAUAUGGCGUUGGAUCUUCCAUGUCUCUGAUUUUAGAGCUGAUUCCAGGAGGUCCAUCAGGUAUAAAUUCUUGAUUUAUUUCUAUCAAAUUUAAAUUGUCCUGAUCCCAUGAUGGUGCUGAAAAUGCUGGUGAGGGAGUUGAACCUUUCUUUUGUUUCUCAACCUUGAUUUAGCAUGCUGGUGGCUUGAUGUACUUGAAGACUUUUUUAUAUUUGGGAUUUUCUUGUUUUCAUUGUAUUCAGUAGAAGGAGUUGAAGCAGAGCUUGUAGAAACCGGAGAUGAUGAAGGAGGAGAAUUAUUCAAAGGACAGGGAUAAAAAAUCAGUACUUGUACUUGGAUUUGAGUCCGGAAUGAAAUCUAAACCAGAAAUAUCAUGUUCUAUAAAAAAAGGUUCAUCAUCUUCCGAUAUAUCAUCUAGAUCUAAACUAUCAUUAUCAGAAGGAAUGUCCACUAAAAGAAACUAUUCCACUUUCCCUUCUGAUAGAUAAACUCUAUCUUUAUGCGGUUUCAUUUCUUAUAAUGUCAAAGUCUAUUUAUUAAAAUCAACAUUAAUAAAUUCGAAAAAAUAAUGUUCAGUCACCAAAUAACUUCACUUCCAAACUAAGUUAGCCUAGUAUAAUCUAUUCUACUAUUUCCACUCACUAUUUUCUAAAACUCAAUAUACUUACAGUUAUUCGAUAAUAAGGAUUAAUUAGCCUACUAUAAUUAUUUAUAAUUAUUUUGGCAAGUAAUAAUCAUUAAAAUCAAGUAGCAAACAGAUGAGCCUCACGUUGACGCGAUCAGUGAAAUCUGAGGUUAAGUGUCUGAUCUACAACAUGCAUUAUAUGGACGUUGGUUAGCAGCACUAAUUAAACUAAUGUAACGACAUUAUAAUUGGACAUUUCAUAAAAACCACUGAAAAUGUAAGAAUUUACUACUAAAAUAUUCACUCUUAUAAAAUAUAUCUUAAUAAUUUAUUGAAAAAGAUAAUUUUUUUACUAUUGCAUAAUAGGCGGAAAAUAUAUGAGGUUUUGCAAAUAAGAGACCACUGACGUCAUGAUU